UCAGUUGGAACAAAUUCAUUCAGUAUGCGAUUUGUAACAGUCGUUGCGAUUCUGUCAGUAGUGCUGGGUAUCUGCAGCGCCACUGAGUGGUGGGAGAGUGGAAACUAUUAUCAGAUUUAUCCGCGCUCAUUUCGUGACUCCAAUGGAGAUGGCAUUGGAGAUCUGAAUGGCGUUACAGAGAAGCUGCAGUACCUCAAGGAUAUUGGGUUCACUGCCGCUUGGCUGUCGCCCAUUUUCAAGUCACCCAUGGUUGAUUUUGGCUAUGACAUUGCCGACUUUUAUCAGGUCCAUCCGGAGUAUGGCACCAUGGAGGACUUUGAGCGUUUGAUUGCACGCGCCAAAGAGGUCGGAAUUCGGAUCAUAUUGGACUUUGUGCCCAAUCACUCGAGUGAUGAGAGCGAAUGGUUCGUCAAGUCGAUAAAUGGAGAUCCAAAGUACAAGGACUAUUACAUUUGGCACGAUGGCAAAAUCAAUGAGGAGACUGGUGAACGUGAGCCACCAAACAAUUGGAUAUCAGAAUUUCGGUUCAGCGCUUGGGAAUGGAACGAGGUCAGAGAACAGUAUUAUCUGCAUCAAUUUACGAAGCAACAACCGGAUCUCAACUAUCGCAACCCCGCUGUGGUGAAUGAGAUGAAGAACGUGAUUAGGUUUUGGCUGGCCAAGGGAGUUGCCGGUUUUCGAAUCGAUGCGAUACCCUAUCUAUUUGAAAUCGAUCUGGAUCGCUACAAUCAAUAUCCAGAUGAGCCCCUUUCCAACGACAAUAACUGCCCCGAUCCCGACGAUCACUGCUACACGAAGCACAUCUACACCCAGGACCAACCCGAGACAUUCGACAUGAUCUACCAGUGGCGCGAGGUAGUCGAUGAGUUCCGCAAGGAGCACGGCGGAGAGCAGCGCAUACUCAUGACUGAGGCCUACACCAGUUUCGAGAAUAUGCUCAAAUUCUACGGCGAUGGCGUUCGCAAUGGCUCGCAGAUUCCGUUCAAUUUUGACUUUCUUUCGAAUAUUAACAACGCCUCAAAGGCUACAGACUAUGUGGAGCACAUUGAGAAGUGGAUGAAUGCCAUGCCCUCUGAUGUCUACGCGAAUUGGGUGCUUGGCAAUCAUGACAACAAACGUGUCGCUUCACGUUUUGGUGUGCAGCGUACGGAUCUUAUCAAUAUUCUGCUUCAGACAUUGCCCGGACAUGCAGUCACAUACAAUGGUGAGGAGCUCGGCAUGACUGAUGUGUUCAUCAGCUGGGAGGAUACUGUCGAUCCGCCAGCAUGUAACUCCGAUCCAGAGCACUACUAUGAUCGCUCUCGUGAUCCUGCACGAACACCAUAUCAGUGGGAUGCUUCCCCAAUGGCAGGAUUUACCAGUGCUGAUCACACCUGGCUGCCAGUCUCGGAUGAUUAUAAGACAAACAAUGCCUUGCAACAGCUGCGAGCUCCACAAUCGCAUCUGCAAAUCUUCAAGACUCUGGUGCGUCUCAGGCAGGAGCCCUCGUUCCGUGCUGGUGAUUUGAAGAUUCAAGCUCUCGAUGAUGAUGUCUUUAUCUACUCACGCCAAAAGGAAGGAAGUGAUCUUUAUGUGGUGGUGCUGAAUCUGGGAGGUACUGACAAAUCCAUUGACCUAACCAAGUACUUCAGUUUGGGCGCUACCGCUGAGGUCAUAACCAGCUCGUUGCAAUCGCAGCACAUCAAUGGUGACAUCGUUAAGACCUCUGCGUUUGUGGCCAACGGCUAUGUCGCCACGGUUUUAGUUGCCAUGUAAAAAAUUUCUAUCCGGAUUAUGCAACUGUAACUUUAAUAAACUUUUAAUAAAACAAACAAA